AUGUUCAUAAACACUCUUCAACCCCCGUUUUAUGACAAAAUGAUAGGAAGCGUUUCAUCAAAAUUUUCAGAUCUCGUCAUCAUAGGUGAAAGAGUAGAAAUGGGAUUAAAAAGCGGAAAGAUUGCUUCCGGCUAUACUGGAUUAAAUAACACAAAAAAGUUGCCCGCAAGUGCGAAUAAGAAAAAGGAGGAGGAAAGCCAUUUUGUGGCGUCAAACCCAGUUAAUCCUUCUUUUGUGCGUCGCCCUUACGCCGCUGCAACUUCACAAAUCUCAGGUACUAUAAGUCAACACUUACAAGGGAAUCAAGAUUCAUAUGAAAGUCAGGGGAAAAACUAUCGUGGGAGGAAGUUCGUACAUUUCGACCCAAUCCCUAUGACCUAUGCAGAGUUAUUACCGCAUCUGGUUAGCAAUUCUAUGGUUGCACUAUGUCCCGGGAAAACUAUAGAACCACCCUACCCAAAAGGAUAUGACUCGAAUGCCGUGUGUGAUUACCACUUUGGGGCUGUAGGACACUCAACUGAAAACUGCUUAGAUUUAAAAUUUAAGGUGCAUGAUUUGCUUAAGGUUGGAUGGUUGAAUUUUAAAGAAAACGAGCCUAGCGUGAAUAAUAAUCCUCUACCAGUCCAUGGUGGGCCAAUAGUGAAUGCAAUCGAAGAAAACCACCAAUUAAUAAAGGAGGUCGAGAAAAUUAAGGCCUCGAUGGGACUGAUUUUCUUAGAGUUAUGUAAAUUUGGGUUAAUCCAAGGAAAUGUCGAUGUGAAAGCAAGAUGCAAUUUCCACCUCAAUGAAGAUCAUUCCAUAGAAGAAUGCAAUGAGUUCAAAAAAGAACUUCAAAAAUUGAUAAACAUAGGCACCAUUCAAAUAGGUCGUUGGGAAAAGGAUGACGGUAUGAUUGCAACCCAAUCAGAAGAAAAACUUGGCAUAACCAUCCCAAAGCCAUUGGUCAUUCAUUUCACUAAGGAGGAAAGUAUGAAUGCCCCCGGUGAUUUGAGGACCUUAAUAGUUCAGAUACCAAGCCCUUUUUCAUAUAAAGACAACAAAGUCGUACCUUGGAACUAUAAUGUAGAGGUACAUCUAGCUAAACAGAAGGACAAAGAUGUUUCUAGCUCUAAAACCACCGCUGUCACAAACGUUUCAGGAAUAGGAAUGACUAGAAAUGAUCGGAUAUGCUCCCCAGGAAAAUCACAAAGAGAAAUGAGAGUGGUGUUUGAGAAGGCAUACACAGAUAAAGAAGAAAAGAAAGUCGAAAAUGAGAAAGUGGAAAAUGAGGUUUCUAAUGAAGAAGCUCAGGAAUUUCUCAAAAUCAUCAAACAGAGUGAAUACAAAAUAGUCGACCAACUCAACCAUACUCCUACAAGGAUUUCAUUGUUAUCCCUAUUGAUGAAUUCUGAGUCCCACCGGAAGCUAUUGAUGAAAAUACUAAAUGAGGCUCAUGUAACUCACGACAUCACCGUGGACAAAUUUGGAGGCAUCAUAAAUAACAUCACAGCCAACAAUCACCUAACUUUCACAGAUGAUGAGUUGCCGACCGAAGGGAGAGGGCAUAAUAAAGCACUACACAUAUCAGUAAUGUGCCUCGACCAUAUAAUGUCAAGAGUCCUCAUUGACAAUGGCUCCUCACUGAAUGUCAUAUCCAAAUCAACAUUAGCAAAACUACCUUGUGAUGGUACAUAUAUGAGACCAAGUCCCAUGGUUGUUAGAGCUUUCGACGGGAGUCGCAGAGAAGUAAUGGGGGAAAUCGAUCUCCCAAUUCAAAUAGGCCCGGUCACAUUUGAAAUCACGUUUCACGUGAUGGAUAUUGUACUCGCUUAUAGUUGCUUAUUGGGGAGGCCAUCGAUCCAUUCUGCCGGCGUAGUGCCGUCAACCUUACACCAAAAGCUGAAGUAUAUCGAAAGGAUUCCCAUUUGUGACAUCCGACGGAGUUUCCAAAGUGCAAGACCAACAAGUGAAAUCCAUAUUGCGGCAGCUGAAGAUGACAUGUUUGAUGGGGAAGUUAAUUGGAUUCGUCCGUGUGGUGUAGGGGUAGAAAUCAGGAAUUGGAAAGUAGUCAAGUCACUUAUAAUAUUUAAUGCAAUUCCCAUAUUUUGGAAUAGUUCAUUCACAAACGACUGUACUAAGAUCUCGUUGCAUAAUCUUAACCAUCUUGUUAGUCAAACAGAAAAAGAUAAUGAAGAAGAUUAUGAACCCCCUCUAGAUUUGUUAAGAGCGAUAGAACAGGAAGCCCAGGGUAUCAUGCCCUUUGAGGAACCGAUAGAAAUUGUUAAUCUAGGGACGGAAGAAGGAAGGAAAGAAAUUAAGGUUGGCACCAUCUUAAAGAAAGAAGUAUAUCACAAACUAAUCGAACUCCUACAUGAAUACAAAGAUGUUUUUGCCUGGUCAUAUCAGGAUAUGCCUGGAUUUGACACUAGCAUAGUGGAGCAUAAAUUGCCCUUAAAACCCGAUUCUUCUCCUGUGAAAAAAAAAUUAAGGCGAAUGAAGCUCGAUAUGUCAUUAAAAAUCAGGGAAGAAAUACAAAAACAAUUUGACGCAGGAUUCCUCGCUGUGGCAAAUUAUCCCCAUUGGAUAGCCAAUAUUGUACCAGUGCCAAAAAAGGAUUGA